AUGUUGAGAUUAGAGUGGCUCUUAAAUGAUGAUGGCUAUGAUGACGAACGACCUCUACGAGUAUAUAGAGACCGAGUAUACUUUGACUUAUGUGACCGUCAGUACCGUCAAUGUUUUCGACUUAACAAAAAUCAAGUAGCGUUUAUUCUAAGUAAGAUUGAACAUAUCCUAACUCAUACGAGUAUUCGAAAUAAGGCAAUCACAGCAGAACAUCAGCUAUUGACUACAUUGAACUGGCUCGGCAAUGGUGCACAACAACAUGGUAUUGGAGCUACUCAUGGAAUAUCAACUUCAUCUGUCAGUAGGUGUAUUCAGAGGGUCGUUAAUGCGGUUGUUACUCAUAUGUUCCAAAAUAUUGUCAAGUGGCCCAACAACACCGUUAAAAUACCAACGACGUUCCUUGAAAAAGGUGGGUUUCCUAGUGUAGCUGGCUGCAUUGAUGGUACAUUGAUCAAUAUUGAUGCGCCAAAUUUAAAUGAAGAACAAUAUAUCGAUAGACAUGGCAACCAUUCAAUCAAUGUGACAAUGGUUUGUGGUCCAAACCAUGAAUUUUAUGCAGUAGACACUAACUGGCCAGGAAGUGUACACGAUGCCAGAGUAUUAAGAAAUACUAAUGUAUUUGCUGCAUUUGAGAGUGGGUGGAGACCAUUUCCCGGAGCAGUGCUUUUAGGAGAUAGCGCAUAUCCAUUAAAAGAGUGGCUUAUUCCACCCCGUCAUCAAAACCCUAAUGAUGAAACUGAACAACGGUUCAAUUGCAAACAUAAAUCUACACGACGAUUAAUAGAAUGUAGCUCAAAGAAAGAUUCCCAUGUUUGA